AAUAAUAUUGUAGUAAUAAUUAGUGUUUAUUCGGUUGCAUUACAAGUUAGUUUUCACACAUGAAUCAGAUAGUUGCAAGUUUUAUUCGUUUGUGUGUGAAUUAUUGCAAAAGUUGAAUUUCAGUAAGGUUGUCAAAAUUGAGGUUAUGUAACGUGACAUGUGUCAGUUUAAUUAAUUUUUGAUCAUUUCUGUCCAAAAAUGGAUUUUGUAAUUGAUACUACGGGUUCGUUGGCUUCGGACGAUGUAUUGGAACCCUCAAUUAACAACGAGAAUUCUUUGGUGUCAAAGCUUCUGGAGGAGUACCGCCAGGAGUCUGCCACCAAGAAAAAGGCCCCACGCAAAAACGACAAAAAGAAUGGUUUAAUGGACUCCUUUUUUAAGGAAAUGGGUUGGAAGGGUCGAAAAAGGAAGAAACCGCAGAGAGUUAAUGUUUCGGCGGAAUUGCAAAACUUAAACUCAAAAACCGAAAUUAAGGAAGUGUUGAAAAAGUCUGUCAUAACGCCAGAAUUUGAAAAACAACACAUUGCACCCCCGUUUGAACUGUCCGAAAAAGUUUUGAAGAAACAGCGAAAAAAAGAAGCAGAAUUAACGAAAGGGAAGAAAUGGUACGGUUUGCCGGCAACUGAAAUGACUGAAGAAGUGAAACGUGACCUUGAAAUCCUACAAAUGCGCUCGGUUUUGGACCCGAAACGGUUUUACAAGAAAAACGAUUUGAAAGUCCUUCCAAAAUAUUUCCAGAUUGGAAAAGUGAUGGAUUCACCUCUGGAUUACUAUAACAACAGAUUGACGAAGAAAGAAAGGAAAAAGACACUCGUUGACGAACUUCUCGCAGAUUCCGAAUUCAAUAAAUACAACAAACGCAAGUUUAAAGAAAUCAUACAAGAAAAACAAAAAACACAUUACAAGGCCUGGAGAGAGGCCAAGAAGCUCAAAAAGAAGAAAAAAUAAAUGCCAUUGUCACUUUAACAUACAUUUUUUUUAAUAAAGUGGAUUUAUUAUAAUAUUAUCAACACUUCAA